AUAAUACAGAGGGAAAACCAUAGCAGAAGAGAGAUGAGAUCAGGGAAGUAGUCAGGCUUCUUUGUUGGAGUUGACUGACCUUCUGCAGCCAAGAUUCACAGUCUCCAUAAAGUUAAGGGGAUUAAAAAAUUUUUGUUUGUUAACUUUUUCAGAAGAAUUCCAACUAUUUAGGGUACUGAUUUCAUGGAAAAAUAAUUUGUGGAUUCUCUUUGUGUUGCUGGGAACAUUCCUAGAGUAAAAGUCAUUUAUAUGAAGGCAGAAAAAAUGUCCACAGAGACAUCUCAUACCCUGUGAAUGAGGAAGGUUGGAGCAGGAAUUGGCCCUACUUCUCUGGAGGACAAGUUGCCAGUUGUCUAUCAAAAUUUUAUAUACUCUUGACACAGAAUUACACUCAUUGGAAUUUAUCUCACAGAUAUAUUCACAUUUAUAUAGUCAAGGAUGUUGGCUACAUGUUGAUAAAAGCAAAAGGUUAGAAACUUCUUAUAUGCUCACAGAUAGCGGACAAAUUAACCCUCCUUACAAUGGAGUACUAUACAGCUGUAGAAAAGGAUACCCAAACUCCUUAUGUUUGGAUAAUUUCUCAGCUAUUGUAGGUGGGAAAAAAUUAUAUUGCUGAACAGCAUGUAUGCUUGCAUAUGCAUAUUUUUUUCUGAAAGAAUACACAAGAAACUUAGAUGUGGCUUCCUCAGGAGGUAGGUGGGUAGGGAAAAGAGAGGUUUUUGCUUUUCAAUUUGGAAUAUACUUUUCUGUAGUAAUUUACUUUUUCCCUCACCAUUAGCAAGUAUUAUGUUCCUUAUUAAUUUAGGUAACAUAUUUUUCAUAGAAACAAACUAAAAAAAGACAGUUAACAAAAUGAAAAAAAAUAGAGGUGCUAGCAAACAAUGGAUAAUGGUGAUAAUCUCUAUGGUUUACUGUGUGCCCUUGUGCAUAGAACUUCACAUACUCAAGCCCAGUUACUCUUCAUUGCACAUUUACGAAGUAAAUAUAAAUAUCUCCAUGUCGCAGGUGAGGACGCUGACGUCCCUCCCGGGAGAUUAAAUGACACAGAAGUGGCAAAAAGUGGAUUCGAACCCGAAGUUGUGGCAUCCCAAAGUCACGUGCUCUUUCCUCGGCUGCCUUCCGCUUAUGCCUCCAGGCGGGAAGCGCACUAACUGGUCGUUGGGCCUCACGCGGCGCAGCGCCCGGGCCAAGCGCACCCGCGGCCCCGGCACGCACAGGGCUCCACGCUUGGGGAGUGCGCGCGCACGCAGCGGCACGGGCUCGGCAGCGGCGGCGGCGACGACGUCACAGUCCGAGUUUUCCUUUUCGGGAGUCCCCGGCAAACAUCCUGUGUCCAUGUUUGGGCAUUUACGUCACGACGGCAGGGCCGGGGCCUCCCGAAAUGGCAGUGGCCCGGGGAGUCGGAAGCCCGGAGCCAGCGCCGCCGCUGCUAUAUAAGUGGGGGGGCCAAGCAUUGGGGGAGGCCGGCUGCGCUUUGGAGGAGCUGCCGCCCGAGGCUGGUCUCAGCUAGCAAGGGCUCCUCGGCCUGGCAACCACUUUCCCAGAGGUGAGCCCCUGGAGCCAGGAGCCCGGGUGCCCGGGUCUGCGAGGCGUGGGGCACCCCUACUGCCGGCCUCCACGCCACCCGCGCUCCCUCAAGCCCAGCGGGCGAGGCCCCGGCGCCCCGCAGUCGCCGCCGCGCCAUGCUCCACCUUAGCGAGUUUUCCGGCCCCGACGCGCACCUAGCCAAGUCCACCGAGGACUGCUGCGCCGAACCCUGCACCGAAUUGUCCCGGCUGUCGGCCAGGGACGCGCCAGCGACCGCCGGCUACUCCGGAGCAGGCGACUUCUUGAGCUGGGCUUUGAGCAGCUGCGGCGCCGGGGGGGAUUUAGCUGAUUCCUGCUUCCUGGAGGGGCCUGCACCCACACCCUCUCCCGGCCUCAGCUACAGCGGUAGCUUCUUCAUCCAGGCAGUGCCCGAACACCCGCACGACCCGGAGGCUCUCUUCAAUCUCAUGUCAGGCAUCCUAGGUCUGGCAUCUUUCCCCGGCCCGGAGGCGGCAGCAACCCGCUCUCCCAUGGACGCCUCUUUUCCCGCAGGCCCCGACAUCUUGUUGCCGGGUCCGCCGGACCUUUACUCCCCGGAUCUGGGCUCUGCCACCUUCCCAGAGGCGCUCUGGGAGGUCUCGUCCUCAGCGGGCACCCCUUCGCAGUGCUUGUAUGAGCCUCAGCUCUCCCCGCCCGACGUCAAGCCAGGCCUCCGCGCCCCUCCGGCCUCACCAGCUCUGGACACUGCCUCGGCCUUCAAAGGUCCUUACGCUCCCUGGGAGCUGCUCUCAGGGAGCUGUGGGUCACAGGGAGUUUACCAGGGCGCGCCCGAGGCCCGUUUCCCUCCGAUGGGAACCAAGAUUGAAGACCUGCUGUCCAUCAGCUGCCCCGCGGAGCUGCCGGCCGGUCCGGCCAACAGACUUUACAACACGGGGGUCUACGACGCUUUCCCGCUGACCCCGGGUGACUUAGGGGAGGGAACCGAGAGCCUCCCGGAGCUCCUGACCCCUCCUAGUGGGGAAGGGGGGAGUACCGGCGACAGUGGAGAGUUUCUGGCCAGCACGCAGCCUCAGCCGUCUCCGCUGAGCCUCCACAGCGCCACGGCGGACUUCUCGAAACCCCUGGUGGCAGACGUCUCUGGAAGCAGCGGCGUACCUGAGCCUCCUGGGCCACCGCCGCAGGCUCCAUUUCCCCCUGCCAAGGCGCGGCGCAAGGGGCGCAGGGGCGGCAAGUGCAGCGCGCGCUGCUUCUGCCCGCGGCCGCAUGUCAAGGCUUUUGCUUGCCCUGUGGAGAGCUGUGUGCGCAGCUUUGCGCGCUCCGACGAGCUCAACCGCCACCUGCGCAUACACACGGGCCACAAGCCUUUCCAGUGCCGCAUCUGCCUCCGCAACUUCAGCCGCAGCGACCACCUUACCACACACGUGCGCACUCAUACAGGCGAGAAGCCUUUUGCCUGCGACGUGUGCGGCCGCCGCUUCGCGCGCAGCGAUGAGAAGAAACGGCACAGCAAGGUGCACCUCAAGCAGAAGGCGCGCGCCGAGGAGCGGCUCAAAGGCCUUGGCUUUUACUCAUUGGGCCUCUCCUUCGCCGCCCUAUGAGGGGAGAAAUGGGUUUGUAAAUUGGGGCGUAGCCGUCCGGCGCGCACAAAAGGACCUGGCCUGACCCCACCCCUCCCCACUCCUCUUCCCGUCACGCCGGGGGCCGGCUUGGUCCAGCUUCCAGUUCCCGGGAAGCGCCCACUGCACACGCCCUUCAGCACCAGCUCCGUGGACAGCUCCCAGGGCCCAGGCGCUGUGUCCCGCGUUAGCUGCGCUUUGGGAAAAUCCCUCUCAGGUCACCCACUGAGUAGGCAUUUCCUUGGGACUUAAGACAGUCUUUUGUACUUGGCUUGACGCACGCCCCACGGCCUCCCCUAACCCCACCCCACCCCCAGAGACAGGCUGGGGCAGCGCAGAGCCGGUCUCGCGCGGGAUUUUGUACAGCAAUGUCGUUUCCAGCAGCCAUUGGAUGUAACGUUUUGCUUUGGGGUUAUUUCCUUUUUGUUGUUAAUUUUGUAAAGCAGACGCUACUCUCAAGCAGUUGACAAAACUGUUUAUUUUUGCAAUUAAAAGUAUCGUGCUAAAAGCUUACUAAUUUGCCA